GGGCGCUGCUGCCUGACGCAGGGACAGUGGUCUGCUGAGAGCCUGGCUCUCCCAGCGAAGGCUUCCAGACUGGCGAGCGGGUCACUACCCCUCUGUGCGGCCGCCAUGGACCUGUCUUUAAGCCGAGCUGACUAUAUCCAGGUGGGAGUGACCUCUCAAAAGACUAUGAAGUUGCUUCCUGCCUCAAGACAAAGAGCCAUGCAAAAGGUGGUUGUUGGAGAUCAAGAUGGGGUCGUGCUGUGCUUCGGCAUGAAGAAAGGAGAGGCCGUGCCAGUGUUCAAGACUUUACCGGGGCAGAAGAUUUCGAGACUGGAAUUAGGAGGGGUUCUCAACACGCCCCAGGAGAAAAUUUUCCUGGCUGCAGGCUCUGAGGUUAGAGGCUUCACAAAGAGAGGAAAACAGUUUCUCACCUUUGAAACAAACCUCACUGAAAGCAUUAAAGCCAUGUACAUAUCUGGCUCUGACCUCUUUCUCAGUGCGAGCUACAUCUAUAACCAUUACUGUGAUUGCAAAGACCAACAUUAUUACCUCUCUGGGGACAAAAUCAAUGAUGUCAUCUGCCUUCCCGUGGAAAGGGUAUCCCGCAUGACUCCAGUGUUGGCCUGCCAGGACAGGGUGCUUCGAGUUUUACAGGGAUCCAAUGUGAUGUACGAAAUUGAAGUUCCUGGCCCACCCACUGUCUUAGCCCUACAUAAUGGAGAUGGUGGUGACUCCGGAGAAGAUCUUGUGUUUGGCACAUCGGACGGAAAGCUUGGGCUUGUUCAAAUCACCUCAUCCAAGCCAAUACACAAGUGGGAACUUCGAAAUAGCAAAAAGCGUGGAGGUAUCUUGUGCGUUGACAGCUUUGACAUCAUGGGUGAUGGGGUUAAAGACCUACUCGUUGGGAGAGAUGACGGGAUGGUGGAAGUAUACAGUUUUGAGAAUGCAAAUGAACCUGUGCCACGAUUUGAUCAGACGUUGUCUGAAAGCAUUACAUCGAUCCAGGGUGGCUGUAUAGGGAAAGAUGGUUAUGAUGAAAUUGUGCUGGCCACAUAUUCAGGCUGGAUCACAGGGCUGACAACGGAGCCCACUCACAAGGAGAGUGGGCCAGGAGAAGAGCUAAAACUUAACCAGGAAAUGCAGAAUAAAAUUGCUUCCUUACGGAGUGAGUUAGAACACCUACAGUUUAAGGUACUGCAGGAAAGAGAAAACCACCAACAGUCUUCUCAGUCGAGCAAAGCAAAGUCAACAGUUCCUUCAUUUAGUAUAAAUGACAAGUUUACACUGAAUAAAGAUGAUGCCAGCUACAGCCUUGUCUUAGAGGUGCAGACUGCAAUAGAUAAUGUCCUAAUACAGAGUGACGUCCCAAUAGAUCUGCUUGACGUGGAUAAGAACUCUGCUGUGGCGAGCUUUAGCAGCUGUGACACAGAGUCGAACGACAACUUUCUUCUUGCCACUUAUCGGUGCCAGGCAAAUACCACCAGGCUGGAGCUCAAGAUUCGCUCAAUUGAAGGCCAGUAUGGCACACUGCAGGCGUAUGUGACUCCGAGAAUUCAACCAAAAACCUGUCAGGUUCGCCAGUACCACAUCAAACCGCUGUCACUGCAUCAAAGAACUCACUUUAUUGACCAUGACAGGCCCAUGAACACGCUGGCUCUAACAGGCCAGUUCAGCUUUGCUGAGAUUCACUCCUGGAUGGUGUUCUGCCUGCCUGAAGUUCCUGAAAAGCCUCCAGCAGGAGAAUGUGCGACAUUUUACUUCCAGAAUACCUUUCUGGAUACACAACUCGAAUGCAUAUACAGGAAAGGAGAAGGAGUUUUUAAAUCUGAUAACAUUUCUACAAUAUCCAUCCUAAAAGAUGUGCUUUCUAAAGAAGCCACAAAAAGGAAAAUUAAUCUCAACAUAUCAUACGAGAUAAACGAAGUGUCAGUCAAGCACACUCUGAGGCUCAUCCACCCGAAGCUGGAGCACCAGCUGCUUCUGGCUAAGAAAGUGCAGUUAAUCGAUGCCUUAAAGGAAUUGCAGGUUCAUGAAGGAAAUACGAACUUCCUGGUUCCAGAAUAUCGCUGUAUUCUAGAAGAGGCAGAUCACCUUCAAGAAGAAUACAAAAAGCAGCCUGCACACCUUGAAAGGCUCUAUGGUAUGAUUACUGAUCUUUUCAUAGAUAAAUUUAAGUUCAAGGGCACGAACGUAAAAACUAAAGUACCUGUGCUGCUGGAGAUUCUUGACAGCUAUGACCAGAAUGCACUGAUUGCUUUCUUCGAUGCCGCAUGAAGGAUGAACAAGGUGGGGCCUACAGCACAGUCUGCUUCACAAAGAGUGGUGAGGAGGGACCCCUCUCUCGAUACGUGGAACAUUUGUGAGAUCAUAAUUUAAGUGAGGCUCCUACUGAUUGGAAUGAAGAGAAUCUUAUAUCUAAAGAUAAGUGGAGCCGGGUGUGCUGGCUACUGUCUGAAUUCUUGGCACUCAGAGGCUGAGGAGAGAGGAUUAGCUGGGAGGUCAAGGACGGCAUGUGUAACAUAGUAAGGCCCAAGUCAACCUGGGAUAGAGCAGAAGACCCUGUCUCAAAAAUCUAAACAAGAAGGGUAGGGGCUAGCAAACACCUUUAAUCCCAGCACUUGGUAGGCAGAGGCAGGGGAAUCUCUGUAAGUUCGAGGUCUACAAAGUGAGUUCUAGGACUGCCAGAACUAUGCAGAGAAACCCUGUCUUGGGGGAAAAACAAACAAACAUAAGUAGAAUGAUUAUAAGAGCUGUUAACGACUUUUUGACAAAUGGUAUUUUAAUUUCUAAAUUGAGAUUGGAAAAUAAAAUGUCAUUUUUAUAAAAUACACAUAAAUGUACAAACUUCAUGUUUUAUAAUGUAUUUUCCCAUUACUUGUUUGAUCUUCCUGACCCCUGUAAACUGAUCAACCACUUAAGUGAAGCUGAUAUAAGGGGCCAUGCUAGAAUUUUAUAAGGCUGGGCAAGUUUAUAAGUGUACCCCAGUCCUCUGUUAUCAUGAGUUGGAAAUAAGUUUGUUUUUCUAGGAUUUGGAAUGAAUUCAUACCCCAUUUCUUUCUUUCAUGGUGACAUGAUCCUCCUGCAGGUUGUGUUUUUUUGUUUUGUUUUGUUUUUUGAGACAGGGUUUCCCUGUAGUUUCUAGAGCCUGUCCUGGAACUAGCUCUUGUAGACCAGGCUGGCCUCGAACUCAGAGAUCCGCCUGCCUCUGCCUCCCGAGUGCUGGGAUUAAAGGCGUGCGCCACCACCGCCCGGCGCUCCUGCAGGUUGUGAAGUACUUGACUUAGUGCUGUAGACUGGCCAGCGAAGUAAGCAGAGCUCGCUCGGACUGGAGGUCCCGGAUGGACGUCCCGGAUGUAACCAGAUGAGCUUUAAAGUGUUCAGUGAAGAGUGAUGGCGGUGUCCACGAAACCGCUUUUUUAUUAUAGUGUACAUUUAUAGGAGAAUAUUGUAUUAAAGUCUAAAGAUAUUAUAAAGAUAAUGGAAAGCAACUGUCUUUUGCUUUCAAAGGAUAGUUAUGCCUUUUUCAGAAAACGAUAAUUACAUUGUUAUAUUUUUUGUGCAAUUCUUAAAUAUUAAAUGUAAACAUUUAAGGUAUAAAUGUUGCGUCUUAAUAAAGUCACUUUUUUUUCUAAUA